AUGGCAUCGUACACAUUCUUACCGAUACCGAACAAUUUAUUUAAAGACGUUCAAUAUGGAGAUGAAGAAUUUAUCGAAAUUCUCCUGGAUGAACGGAAUUAUGUCGAAGAGAAUAUGUCCCUACAAAAGGUAUGGAAAACGAAAGAUGAUAAAACAAUAAUUGAAAAAAGUCUUAGAGUAUUUUAUGAUCCUGAUGAAUGUCUUGACUUCAUCACAUCGUAUGAAUGGCGUAAAAUAUUCCUUUCUCUUACAGAUAGAUUCAGUUAUAUAUUGCCAUUAAUUCAUGAUUUACCACAAAUAUUUUAUAUUUAUAUUUAUUCCACAUCAUUACAUAAAAUAUUCUAUAGCAAUGCUGAUUAUCCGAAAUGA